UUUUUGGGUGUAUAAUUUUGUGCUACUGGUGUAGUGCUGCUGUGUGGAGGUUAUCACACGCAUAGCCAUGCCACCACGUGCUGGUUGGCGUUCCCUCUGCCAUUUUUCUGGUGAAGGGCAAUGCAGGGAGCAGCCAGCUUUCUCCUCAAGAUGAGUCAAGAAGUACAAGAAGUUACAAAGCAACUGCAUUUGCUGCGUCAAACAAGCGAAGUAAACAGAUUCAGAUAUAAUUAAAGAGAACGAUGCCCGCUGUCCUCUCUUCAUCCCCGGACGACACAACUGCAGGAGGUCCUGAGAACAAAUCCUCCAGCGGCAGUCUGGCCUCGAGCAACAAGCGUCUAUCACCUGCAAAUAUGUGUGGGUCUGGAAGGUGGCAACUUGUCAUGGUAAAUCUGAAGCAUGCAAAAAUCUGUGUUGCAUGAGUGCCAAAAGCUGUCCACCUUUGAACAAGUUGGAAGGCGGGAGUUUCUCAUGCAGGAUAGGCAUGGCAGAGACCUCGCAGAGUCUGUCAUGCUAAAUCCCGCACGACUCCAGACCUCAUGGGUCAUGGAGAAUCUGCAUGACAAGUUUACACUUUUCCAGACCCAGCAGACGCUUUUGCACUUGAUAACGUCUGGAGCUUCGUCAGAGGCAGGCGGCGUGGAUUAUCCUGUGCAAAAGUAUCGUACUCGUAUUGUAAUCACGCAUUACAAAUCCUGUUCUUAAGGCAAAUUAGCAUUACAAAUUUUAUUUCUCAUGCUGAGGAAAUUUGUAAUGCAUUUAUACGAGUACGAUACUUUUGCAAUGCAUAUGGAUGCAACAGCACCAAAUUGCAUUGGAAAGGAAGGAGCACUGUGUAGUUGCUGUAAGAGGAGCUACUACAGAAGCAGGGAGCAAUGAGGUUGACAUCUUCAGGAUCAUUAACGAGGAAAACGACGACCACAGAAGUUGUACCAGCACAGCAGGGACGGCAUUAUCUACUUCUUCAUCAUCUUCCUCAUGUAAAAAUUCGGGAGCCGCGCACCACCCCUCGUCCUCCACAAAUGCUGGCGCAGCGACAGCGACAGGUACAACUCCUGGAGUUUUGCAAGCAGGACCAAGUAUAAUUCCACACAAAAAUGGAGCUCCUCCUGCCGUCGUCGUUCCAUCGCAUUCGCAGCACAUCAAUCAUACAACUCAGCAUCAAGUGGAGGCCGACGUGGAGAUGCUUUCGCGGUUGUCGAAACGGAUCGAGGCCAGUAUUCGCAAGGAGCUGACUAUCGCAAGAAAGAAGUGUUACAGUUACUUACACAUUGUGUGCAAGACCGGCAACACAGACAACCGUUCUCAUGCAGGAAAUGCUUGGGAAUGGGAGCCUCGUGUCGUUUCUUUUUUCCCUAAUGAUCUUCGCAUUACAAGUUUUCUCUGCCACAGACACGGAAAACAUUUGUGAUGCAGAAACUGCAUACAAAUGUGUAACUGUAACACUUUUUUCUCGUGAUACUGACCGAGAACAUUUCGAAGCGGCAGGUUGCGGCGGAAUUGGAAAAGCUCAUCCAAGAUCGUUUGUCCACCCAUCAGUGCCCGAUCUGCAUGCACUUGAUGACCCCGGCACGGAACGUUCCCGGCAUAAGAAGUUCAUAUAAUUCCAACGAGAACAACGACCAAAACGUCGACCGGUCGCCCCUGCUUCUGUUCCCCUGCGGCCACAACCUCUGCACCCACUGCGCGAAGCAGAUGAACCUGAUUCCGGUAGUACAACAUCAACAUCAAUCGGGAACUACUACUCCUGAUCCAAUGACCCAGUCGCGCGGCCUAUUGAACAACAGCGCGGCCAAGAAGCCGCCGAGCAAAUGUCCUUACUGCCGGGCGAAAGUGGAGCACUGCGCACUGAAUCGGCCGCUGCUCGAAAUGAUAACCACUUUUGCGAACUCUGAUGAAGUGGUGGAAAAGCUAGAAGAGGACCACGAAAAUGAUCAUUCGAUGAUUUAUUGUUCCACGACAGGCACUACAACUCAUGGCACAAGAACCAGCACAGCGAGUUUUAGUGGGGGUGGUCCUGGCUCUGGUCAACAACGUGGUUCUCUAGAUAGUGGCACAACAAGUAACUCCAGCACAACCACUGGCCCAAACUACUACCGACAAAAGUACCGGCAUUACACCGCCCGCGUUAACGUCUUGGAGCAGGAUAUCCUGUGCGAAAACGACGUCCUCUCCACAACCCCAGGGAGAGGAAGACGGAAAUUAUAUUUGGCUCACUACGGUGCAAGUGUAAGUAAUCGCGUUCUUCAGCUGGUUUAGCCGCAUCGAAAAUCGAUCUUCUUGUCCGGGCAUUAGCAUGGCAAAUUAAUUUCCAAACAGCAUAUUGUUAUUGAGCAGGACAAUGUUUGUAUUUGGAUUGCGCUUGAGAAGCAAUUUAGGCGUGCAGACUCGCAUGACAAAUCCGUGUUAGGGACGACGUUUUUACACAGUAUUCCGGAGUUGGCGGAGGCGAGCGAGGAGAGGCAGGAACUAGAACAGAAGGAAUUGCAGCUGUCGAAAUCCUAUGCAAUGCAAAAUUAUCGUGCUCAUAGUGAUUGCAUUCAUGCAUGACAAAGCUGAUUCACCCUUGGCAAUUCAACUUUACAAAUUUUUAUUUUUCAUGCUGAGAUGAUUUGUCAUGCAAUUUCUAUCUAGUGUAGAGGCUUUUGCAAUGCAUAAACCCAUAGAGGCAACGAAGCGGGAAACGGACCAGGCGUUCGAGCAGUACCAGCAGCUCAAAAUGAAGCUGGAAGCGCUCAAGUUGGAGCAGGGUAUCAAAUGCAAAUUUCUUUGGGUCGGGAUAAACUUGUGAUGCUGGGUUAUGGAUGGUCGCAGCACCCAAGCAUGGCAAAUUAGUAGAACACUUCACUUCUCCACCUCUAGUGCGCAUGACAAACCGUGUGUUAAUUUACAUGAAGCAAGAAGCUUCGCUUCUGUCGGUCAUGCAACAGCACAAAUUUUCCAUUGUGCAUUAAAAGUUCAAAGCUUGGCUUUCCAGGCCCAGAGCAGAUAUUUGCAAUUGCAUAUAGCGGAACCUACUCUCAAAGGAGAAAUCCGAGAACAGCCGGCGUUUAGAAGUGGUAAGAACCGCCUUGGAACCGUUGAAACGGGACCGCGACAAGUGUAAAAUUAUAUGGAUUGCAAAUUAUAUGUCUGGGUCUGGAAGAGUCAUGCUGUUUUUGCAUUACACAGGAGGGCUGGCAUGGAAGCCCUAGCAUCACAGCUUUCCGGAAGGUUCCGCAAUGCCGAAUCCGCAUCACAAAUCCCCCACUUUGGUGACAGAAAGUGGGCAGCUUUUACUGCCUAUGCAUGGGAGAUUUUUCUGUGUUCUGCAAUGCGCAUCACAAGUUUGCAUUCUACUUCCAGACCCAGACAGUUUUGCAAUCCAUAAAUUAUGUUGAGUCACCAUUUUCAGGCGGACGGUACACUGGACCAGGAGGGGGUGGUGGGGAGUUGAUACGGAGGAAUUAUAGAAGUGGCGUGUCUUAGCAAUAGGAAUAGCAGCGUGUCUACUUCACGCGCUCGUUCUCGUGCCGAACCCGAAGGAUGUGUCUUUCGACCGCAGAUCAUGUUCUGUGAUUUUUGGUCCGUGGUGCACGAUACCCGAUACGUGUGGAUGUUAGUUUCAGUGAGUGACAGCGCGUAAGGUAUUAAGUACCCGUGACGGUUCUGCUAGUAUAGAGGUUGACGAGACGAUGUGGCAAAAAAAGACGGCACUAGCAAGUUUCCAAGCCAGCAGACGAGACCCCCAAGUCGGGCGACCUGUAUGAUCACAUGCUUCGACGUUAUCACGAUUUCACAAAUUGUGACUUAUUUCUCGAACACUUUUUCAAAGCAGUUAUUUGGUACAGAGAAGUAGAAAGAUAAAGAAGAAUCAAGCUCAGGAGCUUCUCAUUGAUUGUCGCACCACAGAGCAGAGUGCUAGUACAU